GGUGGGGAUGAGGAGUGCGCGGGACUCGUCAAGCGCGCCCCCGCCAGUCGGACACUGAUUGAUAAUAACGAUUAUUCCGGUAUUGGACUGUGAGCGCGUCCCCGACCGAGCUGCCCUGGUUCCUCCCGCAGGUGGGAGGAGCACACCGCGGACACGCGCCUCGCUUCCCUGGAUUCCGACAGAUUCCCGGAGAAGGAGGAGGACGCGGACCCUUGCGGACCCUCCGGACCACGUUAGGAGGACCAGCGGGACCAGCGGGACCAGCAUCCCCCUCAGGAAGCAUGAGGCGCGCCUGGAUGAUCGUGGCGCUGAGCGUCCUGCUCUGCGGAGACACGAUAGCAGAAGCAGCCUCGUCCCCGGCUGAUGACCUCUACCUGGACACUGCUGCUUCUGGAGGUUAUUACCCCGAAGACGACGAUGACUUCACGUCUGGCUCCGGAUCAGGUGGACGUGAGGAGGAGCUGGAGGAUGCAGUGACGGUCGGUGUGGCUUAUACUGAAGUCAGUGCAGCUCAGCCCACCCUGGAUUCCACCAAAGCUUCCACUCCGAAGAUGGACACGGCCACGGUCAGAGUAAAGACCAGAGAAAGGAAACCUGUCAGAACCGAGCCACCAGUUCCAGUCACAGAGGGGCCCCAGAGGAACCAGUUGACCAGUACGACCGCAGGACCCAGCUUUCCUCAGGAGUCUGUCGAGGUCCAGACUGAAAACCUGUUCCAGAGGACAGAGGUGUUAGCAGCUGUGAUUGCAGGUGGCGUGAUCGGCUUCCUGUUUGCUAUCUUCCUCAUUCUCCUGCUCAUCUACCGCAUGAGGAAGAAGGACGAGGGCAGUUAUGAUCUCGGUGAGAGGAAACCCACUGGAGCUGCCUAUCAGAAGGCCCCGACCAAGGAGUUCUACGCAUAAAGCCCCGCCCCCUGCCUGCUGCCACCAGAUGAACACAUUGACGAGUGACACGGUGUCCAUGGGCUGCUUUUAUGAGAGAAAAGUAACCGAGACCUUCCCUUUCUGUAAGACUGAAACGCAGCCAUAGAUCCAUCGAAGAGGCUGAAACAUUCAUUAAGCUUCCUGAGCAUGUUCAACAGGAAGAAACUGGAGAACAAGGAGAAUUACUGUUGCAGCUCGUCUUUUAUUUGUGGUAGCGUGUCUGAAUGUGUAUCGUUAGUCUCAAAGAUACCACUGAUGGAGGUCUGUGUUACUUGUAUCAACACUGUUAAUGUUCACUUUUACAAAUGUCAGCCUUCCAGCUUCUUCCUCUGUCCUUCGUUCUUUGCUGACUUCAAGAUUCAAGGUUCUUUAAUGUCACGUACAACUUAACAAGUCAUUACUUGACAUUUUUUGUGCUCCGUGUCAACUCAACUUUUGAUAGUUAAAUAUAUAAGGGCAAAUUAAAUAGGUAAAAUAAAAAAAAAACAAGAGUUCACACAACUCUUGCUGUGUGCAAGAUGUGCAGCUUGGGGAGGGGGUCACAGUUCCAACCUGCCCAAUGUUAAAUCCUAUUAACCCUCACACUAACCCCCAGGUGAAGAGAGAUGGAGUGUGGGAGGGACAAAGAGAGAGUAGAAAAGGAGAGUGUGUAAGAGAGGAGAGGGGUAGUGAGAAAGUGGCAUCAGCAGUUCAGAAGCUUGAUGGAUUGUGGGUAGAAACUGCCACAUGAAAGAUGCAAGAAUAGUUAAAAACUUGGGCGACUGGGGUUAAAGAGGAUCCUCCGAGCCUUCCUCUUCCAGCGCCGGUUGAUUGACUUUAUUUG